AAAGGCGAAUUGAUCAUGUUGCAUAUUGGACAGUGCGGAGUGCAAGCAGGACAUACAUUUUGGGAACAACUGACCUAUGAACACGGGAUCCAACCCGAUGGAUUUAAUGAACUUAAUAAAUUGGACAGCGAAACAAAAGUCGAGCCAAUUUCAUUCUUUAAUUUAACAGAGGAGGAAAGAUACGUUCCCAGAAGCAUUUUUAUUGACUCCGAACCAAGUACGACGGAUGAAGUUCAAAAUGGACUAUUUCGCAGCCUAUUCAACCCCUGCUCUUUCAUUCAUGGCAAGGAGGAGGCUGCAAACAACUACGCGCGCGGACGCUUUAUCCUCGGAGCUCAAAUCAUGGACCCGAUAGUGGAGCGAGUGCGCAAGGAGGUGGAGGCCACAGACAUGUGUCAGGGCUUUGUCGUCAACCACAGCACCGGAGGUGGGACCGGUUCUGGUGUCACGGUUCGCGUAAUGGAACACCUGGCCGACACGUUCAACAAGGCUGCGAAUGUGCAGGUCAGUACAGUUGACAGAAGACUUUCUUUUACACAUUAA